GGGCAACGUUCACUUGUUUGUUAGGGAAACUUUCCGUAAUUUAAUAAGCGUUAAUUUAAAAACGGCAAUUAUAGCUCUCGUGCAAGCUGCAGUAUACACAGUUAACUGUAAUGCAAAUGAAUGCAUGAUGGAUUAAAUCAAAAUAAAGUGUUUAUCUGAAGAUUAAAAACGACACAAACUAAAGUCUGAAAUGGAUUCGCUAGAAAUAGACUCGUUGGAUAUGGAGUAUGUUUCCAACGAUGCGCUGGAGCUCUUCAAGGAGGAGGAUGCGCUCCAGAUGAUUGAACAAAUGGUACCAUCCGAUAUGUUAAAUAGCUUCCUCAGCGAAAUGGACUUGGAUCAUGCGCAACUGAAUGAAGAAAUUAGCCUCGAAAUGAAUGAGUCACCGCUGCUGCUUGAGUGCGCCAUGAAUAUGCCUCAGCAUUCCCCACUAAUACAACAGCAGCAGCAACAUCAGCCGCAGCAGCAGCAGCUGCAGCAAGACCCACUCAUAAAGACCGAACAUGCCUCGCCGGUGCAUAAGCCGGCAAUCUCUGGCCAAUGGCAUGCUGGCACCAACUUGAACUACGGUCCACAGGUACUACCGCCACUUCUCAAACCGCAACCAACUGCAACCAUACAUCAUAUGGACGCAAGCAAACAGCAGACGCCGUCCCCCAUAACCAUACUAUAUACUCCGCCGCCCAGCAAUGGCUAUGUAUUUCAGUUGGCCCCGGAUACAUCCCCUAGGGCAACAAAUGAGGUCGCAGCCAAGAAGCCGCAACCACUGCUACCAGCAGAUGAGCCGAACUUUACGCUGAUGUACAUGCCUAACAAUGGCACUAUAAUUCCGCCCGCGAACUCUAAUACAUUGCUAGAGUCCGUUGCAGUGGCCAAGACUCCAGCUAAACCUGUUAAGUUGGGAAUGGCGCCCACUCCAAAAACUUCUCCGGAAUUCAAGCCAAGUCAGGCGCCUACCCCACCAGCAGUUAUCGUUAAUGCAGCCACUGGCAAUGCAAAGGUGGCAAUACAACGUGUACAGCCGAAAGUGAAGGAGGUUAAACGAUCUGCGCAUAAUGCCAUUGAGCGCCGUUAUCGCACCUCCAUCAAUGACAAGAUCAUCGAGCUUAAGAAUCUUGUCGUGGGCGAACCGGCCAAAUUGAAUAAGUCAGCGGUCUUGCGAAAGUCUAUUGAUAAAAUACGCGAUCUGGAGCGACAAAACUAUGAGCUCAAGACGUUGGUGCAGGGGCUGCAGCGUGAGCUGAUGUCACGCGAUGGAUCAAAGGUUAAGGAUCUACUGCAGCUUGGCAGCACUGCUCUUGGUAGUGGUAGCUCCUCCAAGAAGCGUCGCAAUCUAUCGCUUGCCUGCGAUACGGAAACAGGACUAACACCGCCGCGCAGCGAUGUCUCUGAUCCUUCGCUAUCACCACAGCACUCGGACAUAUCCAUGCCAUCAUCGCCAUACGGCGGCUCCACAGUUAGCUGCAGCAGCCGCACCAGCAGCAAGGAAGCAACAAGCAGUCCAAUGCAUGGCAUGGCUACACACUCGCGCCUGGCACUCUGCAUGUUUAUGUUUGCCAUACUGGCAGUGAACCCCUUCAAGAUGCUGCUCACCACUCAAUUUGGCGACGACUUGGAAAGCGAUGCAUUGGGAGUCAGACAGCGACGCAGCAUAUUAGCGUUCAAAGCGGAUGAUGACGGCAACAUGCUCAACUGGCAACACAACACUUGGCUCUGGAUAUUAAACACAAUGCUGCUACUCUGCUGUCUGGUGAAACUACUUGUCUAUGGAGAUCCUCAGCUGGAUGUCCAAACGGAUGCCUAUUAUCAGCAAAAGCAGCGCGCGGAAUCGAGCUUUGCCCAAGGACAAGCGUCGCAGGCACAGAGCGCUUAUAUCAACUGUUUGCAUAUGUUUGGACAGAGUCUGCCGGCGUCGCGCCUGGAAUGCUGGUUACAAACUACUUGGCAGUUUAUGCGCUUUAUGUUGCACCGGCUGUGGCUCUUGCGCGUGCUUUCCACUCGCGCUGGAGGACUUUGUUGCAAUGCCACUGCACGUAAGCGUGCCUUGUCAUCAGCACGUGAGCUGGCGUUGCUCUACGAUCGUUUAAAUCAAUUGCUAUUAACGGGUGAACGUAGCUGCGAUCGAAAUGGCGUGCUCUUGGCGCUCUCGGCAAGCAACAUGGCCGAGGUGGCCAGCAGUUUGUUGACGCCACGCGAAAUAAUUGGCAUACACGUGAUGACCGCUUUACGCUUGAAGCGCAGUGCACCCAAGUUUCUGCAGGCGCUUUGUGCUCGCUAUUAUAUGAGUCGGGCGCGUCAGGAGUGCAGACGCAUGAGUGCAAGCGAGGAAACGCUGGAGCUGCUUUGGGCAUUUACGCCUUAUGGUUAUGGCUACUUUAGUGCACAUGUGUUUGACUAUGAGCUCAAAGCUGGCGAGCAGGAUGGUUUCUUUACAAGCUUGCGUAAUCGCUGCGAUCCAUCGGCACAUGCCACCAAGCAAUAUCGUGAGCAUUUGCUGUAUAAGGCUAUACAAUGUUUAGUGGGCGCUGAUUCAAACCGAUCCAAUGCUGCCGCGGCGCACACCAGCAACAAUAACAACAACAACAACAAUGAGGCCGAACAGCAGCAGCAUAGCGGCACCAUUGUUAGCAAUGUCCUUAAGUAUACAUCACUGUUGCGGGAUACGCUAUGGAGCGAUGAACAGGCCGCGGAUGUAGAUAACAGCAGCGUCGUUUGGUGGGCAAAUGUUUUGGAGAUUGCUGUGCACUGGUUGCUAGGGGAGGAUACGUUGGCGGAGCAGCUCUAUGAUAGCGUUAAGCAGCUGCCCAAGCCAUUGCACCAGUGCAGUGAUACUGAGCAGUUGCCCAAGGCUUUGCUAGCUGGACUGCGCGCCAAGAUGAUCUUGCACAUGAACAAUGGGAACACUUUGGACAAGCGUCUAAAGCAGUCCACCAACAAGCUCUGCGACGAGUCGAGUCAGCAGUUGCAGGAAUGCCUCACACUCAAUCGCAUUACGCAUGCCAAGGGCAUCAAGCUGCUUUUCCAGUUGUUGACCUGCGAUUGGUUGUUGGAAACGCGCACCGCCUUAUGGGAGCUGGAGCAUAUGGACAUAGAAGAUGAUGGCUACUAUCAAGUGCCUGGUGACGUGCUGGAAAAAUUUCAAACGGACUUAAAUUCAUUGCGCAGCAUUGUAGAAAACAUACCCAACGCGCAGUCGCGCAUUUAUUUGUAUGAAGCUGUUUGUCGUUUAAUGGCUGGUGCUUCGCCUUGUCCCACACAACAGCUGCUGGACAGAAGCUUACGCUCACGUAAUGCGCAUUCAUCCAUAUUUUGCGGCAGUAAGGAUCGACGUCACCAGAAUUUCGAGGGCGGUGAGCGGGAGCGUGCAGCUGCCAUGUAUGUGGCUUGUAAGUAUUUGCCGCCGGCGCUGCUUAGUUCGCCGGGAGAACGUGCAGGAUUACUGGCCGAAGCAGCCAAAACUUUGGAGAAAGUUGGCGACAAGCGUAAGCUCAAGGAAUGUUAUCAAUUGAUGAAAUCUUUGGGCAGCGGUGGAGCCACGGUUAAGGCCUAGACCAUGCUAAUUUGCAGUUCAAAUUCAUAAAUGAUAUAGUUUUAAGAAAAUUUCAACGCUUCUAUGCUUCUUUAAAUCGGUUUAGUUUAUAAUUAACUUAAGUACAUUGAAAGUUUAAUUUUAUU